UGUUAUGAGUAUAUAACGUAACACUCGCUAGACCCUAUACGACUCCGCUGGCCGGUGUUUUAUCUAAACUACAUACAAAACCUCAAACCCUGGAGCUUGAACCACGACUAACCGGAAUGUCGGGAAAAAAUAAGGAAACUAUGGAACGUCCUCGCAGCAGCGCUCUGGGCUGGUUCCUCCUGGUCCUCCUCUUCUCAGCUGUGGACGCACAUUCGUGGAUCGAGCAGAUGACGGUCAUCGCUUCUAAUGGAACUUUCGUCGGAGAUCCAGGCUACGCACGAGGCAACGUGCUGCGCACCGCUCCUGAUUUCAGCGAUCCCACCAUGACCUAUCUGAUACCGCCGGACGAUCGAGCCAACCAGAGCCUGAUCCUUCCCACCGACAGGAUGUGCAAGAGCACGCAACAGACAUACAAUGUGACUGAAGGCAGCCCCCGACUGCAGGCAAGCGCAGGCGCUGCCAUCGCCCUUCGUUACCAAGAAAACGGCCAUGUGACGCUGCCCUGGAAUCAACCCGGCAAGCCGAAGAAUCGAGGGACGAUAUACGUCUAUGGAACGACACAGCCAAAAGAAAACGAAACGCUGCUGGGCGUGCACAAGGUCUGGAACGCGGACGGAACUGGGGGUGACCGACGCGGCGUUCUGCUGUCGACACAGAAUUUCGAUGACGGCCGUUGCUACCAGAUCAACAACGGCAAUAUUUCCGAGUAUCGCCAGGGCGAGUACCCUCACGUGGCCAACACGUUGAUGGGAGCAGACCUGUGGUGUCAACAAGACCUCGCGCUACCGUCUGACGCGCCGUCGGGGAAGCUGUAUACCCUGUAUUGGGUAUGGGAUUGGCCCACGGCCCCUGGGGUGGAUCCCGCGCUGCCAGAGGGCAAGCAGGAACUCUACACGACCUGCAUGGACGUCGAUGUGGUCGACGGUGGCAGUCCGACAACCGAGACCCGGGUUCAGGCCGGAUACGUGGAGGAUCAGUCACUGGAUCGAGCAGCCAUUCCGUCGGAGUUUGCAGAGGUCAUGGCGUCGGAUCCCGAGACGGAGGCUGGAGACAGUUCCAGCUCUGCGACCCCAGCCCCGACCCCAGCCCCAACGAUCCCCUCACGGGUCGCCAUUGUCACCACGUUCAUCACAGUCUAUACGACUGUCUAGCCAAGUGGCGGCUGGUUGGUCGGAAGCACCUGGGGUUAGGGCCUUGCGUUUCGCGCAGGAUCCCUUGCAUGGUCAAUAGCCGGGGGC